CCGUUGAGAAGGCUGUUUGGAGAGCAUCGCGAGGGAGAGGGUGGUGCAUUGUGAAGAUUGAUGAAAAGGGCGUUUCCGUGGGCAGUGCGCAGCGGCGAUUGGCUGGUGGCCUUGAAGGAGGCGCGGCCCCUGGGUCUGCGGCGGUUGGCUGCUGCGCAAGCGCGAGAGCUCCCGGCGGCACCUGUCGGUCCGCGCUCGCUCGGACCAUAGCCCAUGGCCGCCCCUCUGCGUCCCGUGCCGCCACAGCCCGCCCCGCGCCGCCCGCCGCCCGCAGCUCCACUGGGCCAUGACACGAGCGACGUCCUGCAGCAGAUCAUGGCCAUCACCGACCAGAGCCUGGACGAGGCUCAGGCCAGAAAGCAUGCCCUGAACUGCCAUCGGAUGAAGCCUGCUCUCUUCAGUGUGCUCUGCGAGAUCAAGGGGAAGACUGCCUUGAGCAUCCAGUGUCAGGAAGAGGACCCUCCCGACGCCCAGAUGCUGAGGUUGGAUAACAUGCUGCUGGCUGAGGGUGUGUCCAGGCCAGAGAAGAGAGGACGAGGAGCAGCGGCAGGCAGCACAGCAACACCAGGUGGCUGUCCAAAUGACAAUAGCAUUGAACACUCAGACUACAGGGCCAAGCUGUCCCAGAUCCGACAGAUUUACCACUCUGAGCUAGAGAAGUAUGAACAGGCCUGUCUUGAGUUCACCACGCAUGUCACCAACCUUCUCCGGGAACAGAGUAGGGUGAGGCCUGUGUCUUCCAGGGAGAUGGAGCACAUGGUGGGCAUCAUCCACAGCAAGUUCAGUGCCAUCCAGAGGCAGCUGAAGCAGAGUACCUGUGAGGCUGUGAUGACCCUACGCUCCCAGUUCCUGGAUGCCAGGCGCAAGCGGCGGAAUUUCAGCAAGCAGGCCACCGAAGUGCUGAAUGAAUAUUUCUAUUCCCAUUUGAGCAACCCUUACCCCAGUGAAGAGACCAAAGAAGAGCUGGCCAGGAAGGGUGGCAUCACGGUGUCCCAGGUCUCUAACUGGUUUGGCAACAAAAGAAUCCGGUACAAAAAGAAUACGGGGAAGUUUCAGGAAGAAGCCACCAUGUACACAGGGAGAACACCCACAGUUACCAAGGCCCGGGGUCCCGGGGGUCAGACCAGCUGCCGGUCUACACCCAGCCCAGGUUCCUGUAGCCCCUUCCCACUGAGCAAUGGAAGCGACAUGGUUCUCACUGUGCGGACUCUGGCCUUCCUCCAGCCCCCCUCUGGGGGAGUCUGCCUCCAGCCCCUGGCCCAUGGUAGCUGGCAGAGGACCACCCCGCAGCCAGCCUCAUCACCUGCGGGAGAUUCUGGCAGCUUCAACUCAGAUGCAUCUAAUUAAGUUUUCGGAACCUGGCUGAGUGCCACAGGUGACUGGCCUGUGUCCUGCUGAUUACCUCAGAAGCCCUGCCUGUGCCUUUGCCCUUUUCCAGGCCAGUCGCCUCCCCGCCUUGGUGUGAUUUUUUUUUUUUUAAACAUCAAUUGAGUGGCUGACAGUGAACUGUUCAUCUGGGGCUUGUUCUGAGCACCCCAUUAAAGUUUUGACCUGUUUGCA